CGUUAGCCAUCUCUUGCCCGUGAGAUUGUAAACUUUUCUGGGGUGAGCAGGAACUCUCACAUAUUUCUUUAUAAAAUACAGUAUUCUCUGAAACACCCAGCCUGGUACUUACAUAGAGGAGGUUUUGUUAAAUAUUGAAGUGAGGUGGUAAUAGAACAAAAGGACUGGCUGGAGUGGGAUAAUGGUUGACUGCUUUGGCUCUGAUAUCAGGAAGACUUCAUUUGAAUCCUGCGCCAACAAAUCAUGAACUGAGUGACUUAAGGAAGUUUUAUAUCCUGAGAUCAUAAAAUGGAGGUAAUAACAGCAUCUACUUCUUAGGGCUGUUGUGAAGAUGAAAUGAAGUAACCAACAAUACCUGGCAUUUUGUUCCCAACAUCACCUUUGGUCACCCUGUGGUAGAAAGCCUCCGAAAGCAGCUAGGCCAGGACCCUUUCUUUGACAUGCACAUGAUGGUGUCCAGGCCGGAACAGUGGGUAAAGCCGAUGGCUGUAGCAGGAGCCAAUCAGUAUACCUUUCAUCUUGAGGCCACUGAGAACCCAGGGGCUUUGAUUAAAGACAUCCGGGAGAAUGGAAUGAAGGUUGGCCUUGCUAUCAAACCAGGAACUACAGUUGAGUAUUUGGCACCAUGGGCUAAUCAGAUAGAUAUGGCCUUGGUUAUGACAGUGGAACCUGGGUUUGGAGGGCAGAAAUUCAUGGAAGAUAUGAUGCCAAAGGUUCACUGGUUGAGGACCCAGUUCCCGUCUUUGGACAUAGAGGUUGAUGGUGGAGUAGGUCCUGACACCAUCCAUAAAUGUGCAGAGGCAGGAGCUAACAUGAUUGUGUCUGGCAGUGCCAUUAUGAGGAGUGAAGACCCCAGAUCUGUGAUCAACCUGUUAAGAAACGUUUGCUCAGAAGCUGCUCAGAAACGUUCUCUUGAUCGAUGAAACCACAAGGAGUCCAGUCUUUCUGCUCAUGAGAUCUCCUUUUUACUGGAAAACAAGCUAUUAACUACCAAAUCGUACCAUAAUUCAGGCAGUGCUGCUUUUCUGAGCAAUUAUUCAUUCCAGUGACUAAAAUCCACUGUGCAGAAUGUUCCAAGACGUUAGAAAUUGGUGUGUAUAAACUACAUUUUUUAGUGAUGGAAUUUAAAGAUUAGUGUGGUAAAAUACCAUUUUUACAGGGAGACUUGAUUUUUAUAGAGUAAAAAUAUGGCUGUAUUAAGGUUAUGAACAGAAAUGUUUUAAUGCCCAAGGAAGGCAUACUAGCUACUAUGAAAAAAAGUUUUUUUCUGAAUUUCUAAAAAAGAAUUUUCUGUUGUGUCCUGGCUGUUUCCCAAAAGCAAAGGAAGUCCCUAUGUUUUUCCUGUUUCAUGUCAUUUUUGAUUUGUGUGUGUGCGUGACAACUAAGUUUGGAUCUGGCUGGGUUGGCAUACCUUAUUCUUCUAAAUCCUAAAACAUCUAUUUUUUACUUUGCACCUUAUGUUUGAUAUAUAAAAACAAAGUGUGAAGCCCA